AUGGAGAGGAGGGCGCGGAGCCGCUCCAGGGAGGCGCGGGGGAGCGGCGGCGGGGCCCCCCGCCAGGAGGACCGGAGGGCGAGGGCCGAGAGGGGCGGCGGCGGCCACGGGCGCCGGGAUGCGGGGCGCGAGCGGCGGGACGGCGGGCGGGAAGGGAGCCCCCGGGAGCCCCGCGCGCCCGCGGCCGCCGUGGCCGCCACCGUGGUGGACGUGGACGAGGUGCGGGGCCCCGGCGAGGAGGGCGCCGAGGCGAUGGCGCCGCUGGAGAGCGAGCGGCCCGAGGAAGGUACCAAGUCUUCUGGAUUAGGGGCCUGUGAGUGGCUUCUUGUCCUCUCAUCCCUGCUCGUCAUCAUCCUGACCUUCCCUUUUUCUAUCUGGUUCUGCAUAAAGGUUGUACAAGAAUACGAGAGAGUAAUUAUAUUCCGACUGGGACAUCUGCUUCCUGGGAGAGCCAAAGGCCCUGGUCUUUUCUUCUUUUUGCCCUACCUGGAUACCUACCACAAGAUUGACCUUCGUCUCCAAACCUUGGAGAUUCCCUUUCAUGAGGUUGUGACCAAAGACAUGUUUAUAAUGGAGAUAGAUGCCAUCUGCUACUACCGAAUAGAAAAUGCCUCUCUUCUCCUGAGCAGUCUUGCUCACGUGUCCAAAACUAUUCAGUUCCUCGUGCAAACCACCAUGAAGCGUCUGCUAGCACAUCGAUCCUUCACUGAAAUUCUCCUAGAGAGGAAGAGCAUCGCCCAAGAUGUAAAGGUUGCCUUGGAUUCAGUGACCUGUAUUUGGGGAAUCAAAGUGGAGAGAACAGAAAUUAAGGAUGUGCGGCUGCCGGCUGGGCUUCAGCACUCCCUGGCUGUGGAAGCCGAAGCGCAGAGACAGGCCCGAGUGCAGAUGAUCGCCGCAGAAGGGGAGAAAGCCACCUCUGAGUCCCUGAGAAUGGCAGCUGAGAUUCUGUCAGGCACUCCAGCUGCUGUUCAGCUUCGAUACCUCCACACCCUCCAAUCCUUGUUCACAGACAAAUCUUCCACCGUGGUUAUACCUUUGCCAUUUGACAUGUUAAAUUUCGUGUCUUCUCCCAGCAACAGGACUCAAGGAAGCAUUCCCUUCCCAAAUCCUUCCAAACCUGUUGAACCACUGAAUCCUAGAAAGAAAGACUCUCCCAUGUUAUAA